UACUCUCGAUGAACGCUGAGUCCUAUUCAGAAACAGUGAUAGCCGUGAGACCGACAAUCAAGCAACAUUGUCAAAAUGCGACCACAUCAUUGAAGGAUUGAUCGAGGUAAAUGGCUCAAGCCGAUCGCCAGAUCCUUCUGCUGGCGACCCCCGCUAAUAUCUGUUCAGAGAAGCUUAUCCAUGAUACUCUGAGUUCUUCGUGGCCUGCAACCAUGCUAAUAUCGCACCUGCCUGCUCACCUGGACCACAGACAAAGAUGGUCCGCCAAACGGUCGAUACCAUAUGUCGACAUUAUCCUGGUCGGGGGCUUCGUCUCGGGAGGACAAGCGCGGCGGUGCGACCGGGAUAAAAGCAUGAUUUUGAAUUGUUGGCUCAACCACGCAACACUUUCCAGUCUCCAGGUGAGAAUAUGCACGCAAUCAAGAUUUGUGCUCGUGGAGAACGACAGUCUGAGACGAGACGGGGGUGUGUGUCCGACGGGCUCCGGGAUUAAUUCACCGGCCCUGCAGGCCAGGGGGCCCGAGCAAGUGGACAGGGCCUCUGCACGACACGCCUCGUUGGCUUGUCCGUUGGCGACAUGGGUGCUAGACUAACCUGCUAGCUGGCUUCUAGUGGUCGCCGAACCACCAUGGAAGCCUCUUCGCAACCAGUCCGACCGCCGACCGUUGGCGUUCUCGUCCGAUCUCUGCAGGGGGA